CCUCAUUCCACAUGCAUGAUGAUACCACAUCCCUCCACCUCGCUGGCUUCUUGGGGUUUUUUCUUUUUUUUUUUUUUUUUCCUCUUUUCCCAGAAAUUGUAUUUUGAAGACAACCAAAAGGAGAACGUGUUCUGGGUGUGGCUGCAUGUGAUUUACCCAAUAGCUAAAGUGGGGGGGCGCCGAAGGGGAAAAACAGAGCGUCUGCUGCUGAAGGGACUGGAAGCUGAGGGCUGCAGGAUGAAGACCUCUGGAACCUGUAUACUGUUUUGUGUCUUAACACUCUUCUUGUCCCCAGCUGACUGGUGUCCAUGGAUGGUCAAUGGGCAAGAACCGGAAAGUGUAACUGAUGGAGUUAGCCCCGACAGCAGCACUGUUCAGUCUGGCAAUGAAACUCCAACAGCUUCAUCAGACUGUCGUGAGGAAAAGUUCCCUUGCACACGCCUGUACUCUGUUCACAAGCCAGUGAAGCAGUGUAUCAGCUACCUCUGUGUUACAAGUGUGCGUCGCAUGUACAUAAUAAACAAGGAGGUGUGCACUCGCACUGUCUGCAAGGAGAAUGAGGUCAUGCAAGAUGAGAUCUGUCGCCAGCUGGCUGGCCUUCCUCCUCGCCGUCUCCGACGAUCCGGGCAGCCCCUGCCUCUCCCUUGCAGACAGCUCCUGGAGCAGCAGCGCAGGCCUGAUGCUCUGUGAGCUGCCAACAGAGGAGAGGAAGAGGAAGAGAGAGAAGUCAUCAUCACUACCUACAGUCCAAGACAAGUGCUUCUUGUUUGUGAUUCCCCCAUCAUUUCCUUGCUUCUGUGCCUUCUUCUACAUCCUCUUCUUCAGAAGCUGCAGUGCACAGAGUAGCCUCUCUGCUGGUCUGUCAUAGUAGCUGUGGUCAUCUUUAUAAUCUGUUGCUGAGGAUAUGGGAUUCUCCCCUCUUUUCUCUCACACUCUGCCUGGCAGGCUGUGAGCUGCUCAUUUCCCAGAGGUCCUUAUAAAUGUGCUGCACCUUCUCUUGCUUUGCCCCUGGAGAAAGACAGAAAUGGGGACAGAAUUAAGUCCUGCCCAAUGGUGCAGAUGCCCUGAGCUGCAUCUCAUCUCACCUGCAUGCCCUAGGACUCCUGCCCUACAUUUCUUGCCUGGCAUCACCAUGAGCUCGGUUGUGGUUGGUCAGCCUGAGCCUCUCCAAUUCUCCCGAGCCACUGAGUUUGUUGUGUGAUAGCACAUUCUCCUCCUUGUGUCUGCUGGCCUCAGGGAAGUGACAGAACUGGGAGAUGAGCUGUCCCAGGCAGACCUCAUUGUCCCUGGGUGGCAACAGAUCAUUUAUAACUACCUCUGGGAAGUUUUUGUCUCAAGCCCAUUGCCUCCCACACUCACACAUCUGCUAUGAAAAGGAAAAAUUCUGGGUUUAGUAUGGCAUUGUAUUUUUCUCAAGAAGAUUAUGUUGAAUCAGAGUGCUGUGUUUUCUACUCCUCCUCUUCUCUCUCCUGUUCUUGUCUCUCCCUUCCCACUGAAGACAUCUCUUGAUGCCCAUUCCAGGCAAGUUCCAGGGAGCAGUAAUUACAGCUGCCUCCACUCCUAAGCCCAAGAAAGCCCAUGAAGAACCUGUGUGACCUGACAUUACUGAGACCUGGCAAUGAAUUAUCUUGUCUUGGUGUCCUGUCUUGGUCUGGCUACCUCCACACUCUCCAGUUGCUGUGUCUGCUUUCAAUCUCCAGUUGAGUUCCUACCUCCUGACCUGGAAGCUCCUGCACAAAGCAGGAAGGAGUUGCAGAUUAGAAUCGAUGUGGGAGCAGAAUCAUUAUCUGGGAUUGCUGUUUAUCUGGGACCUGGGAUUUUCCUGCAGGAUCUCUGACUGUGCUGACCCUCACAGAGGCAGGUGCUGAUGGGGAAGGUAAACAAAUCUGCAGGUAUAAGUGCUUAUACAGGUCAGCCUGGGCAGAAGAAUUUGCUGUGGCAGCAUUGAAUGUCUAGUCUGCUCAAGGACUUUGUUUUCUAGAUACAUGGAGAACAUUUCCAGGUAUAUGGGCAUGAUGAGACUGGGUAGGGUAAGUGGGGAAGAAGAGUCUGAAUUGUCUGAAAUCUGAAAGAGUCUGAAAUCACUCCAUGUGACUCUUCGUGGCAUGAUUCUGUGGGGCACCAGAGGAUCAGCAAGACCCUGUCUCCAGGAUCUCUGGGUUGUUCCCAAGUAACUGAAAGCCAGUUUGCUAGAUUUGGCAAUCAUUCCUCUCACAUAAUAAACUCUUCUGCUGAGCAGAGACCAUUCAGUCUUGCAGGAGCACUGCCCUGUUGCACAGAGCCAGGCUCACACAGUAUCAGGGGCAAUGCUGCACAGAGGCAGACAUCUCAGAAAAAAGAGCAAAACCAGUAGUGUAGGACCAUCUCACCAGGACCUGCAUUUCUGCUGUAUGCAGCAAGAAGCUGGUUACAUCCUCUGUGUAGGGGAAGACACUCUGUGCAGACAGAUUCCAUGUGAGGUCAAAAUUAGCCCUAGAUGGGCUAAAUCUCUCUAUACUAAUCCAAUAUACAGGAGGAAGAAUUCCAAAUCAUGCAGAGACUAGAAUUUUGUCCUACAUACAGGAGCACUGCGCUGCUACUCAGAGGAUGAUGCUCCUCUGGAGUACUCCAGGCUCACGAGACUAGGAAUGAAGGAGGGAUUUCUGUGUACUGAGAGGGUGCAUAUUUCUGUCAAGAGGAGGGUACUGACAGCUUGGCCUCAAAGACAUUCAAGCCACUGGCUUCCAUGCUGGGAUACCUGUGAAAAUUGCCUGUGUGGAGGAAGCUAGCAUGGAGAUGGGAUGUGAAAUCUUGGAAAUUGGACUAGGUCAAGUCUGCACUCUGUAUUUAGAGGUGAAUAUACAUUGCUAUAGAUACAUAACUGGGUAACAUAGCUACUGUACAGCAUAUAGAAAUUUAACUUUCAUACAGGUUGGGAAGUGGUUAGAAGCCUUUCUGUUGCUUGCUUUCAGCAGGGACAGGAAGAGGUGCUCCUGUCCAGGAGAACACUGUUUUAAUGCUAGAGUCUAUAUAAUCCAUAUUAAAAGAAAAUUUAUUUCCUGUUAUUCUUGGCAA